AUGACUUCGGAAGGCCAUUGUGUUUUUGUGCUGGUCUACGUGGACGAUGUCUUGGUGACUGUAAGCUCGCUCGAGAUGAUUGCGCGCACCAAGAACGACCUCAAGACACGCUUCGAGAUGACGGACAGCGGCAAGUGUGCCUUUGUUCUUGGGAUCGAGUUAUUGGACGGUGAAGAUGGCAGCGUGACUAUGUGUCAGCGCCGUUAUGUCGACGAUGUCCUCAAGCGCUUUGGAAUGGAUGAGUGCAAGGCUGUGGCAAGUCCGGUGGACGUCAGCUCUCGACUGGUUCCAAGCAACUCUGCAAGCAAGGUGGAUGUACCAUUCCGUGAAGCAGUUGGUGCUUUGAUGCAUCUGACGACUGCAACGCGACCGGACAUCGCCUAUGCUGUAAGCUUUGUGUCACGGUUCAUGGAGAAACCCCAAGAAGAACACUGGGUUGCAGUCAAGCGCAUCUUCCGCUACCUACAAGGCACCAAGAUGCAUGGAAUCUGCUACCAGCCAAGUGCGAAGAUCGACUUUCGUGGCUAUUCAGAUGCAGACUGGGCCGGUGACCUUGCUGAUCGCAAAUCGACGUCCGGCUACGUCUUCAUGCUAUUGGGUGCUCCGGUGAGUUGGGGCAGCAAGAAACAGUCAAGUGUGUUACUGUCUACAAGCGAAGCGGAGUACAUCGCGCUCAGCCUGGCGAUCCAAGAAGGCAAGUGGAUCAAUCGCUUGCUGUGCGAGAUCAUGGCGGCUGCAAACGAAGAAGGACCCGAGCUCGUCAUCCGUGAAGACAACCAGUCGUGCAUCAAGAUGACGAAGAAUCCGGUCAACCACGGCCGCGCUAAACACAUCGAUAUCAAGUACCAUCACAUCCGUGAUGAAGUCAAACGCGGCGAAGUGAAGCUUGAAUACUGCGAGACGACGUUGAUGUUGGCGGACAUCAUGACGAAGGGACUUCACGGGCCACGCCACAAGGAGAUGACGGCGGCGCUUGGCAUCCGUGCGUGUUCGGAUUGA